AUGGGUCAUCAGACAUCUCAGAAGCCAAAAGAAGUUUCAGAAGCUGAUAUCCCCAAAACAGAUCUGCAAAAAGACUCCAUUAAGCAAGAUCAAACUUUCACUAUUUCAUCAAUGCCCUAUUGCCCUCCAAGCCCCACUAUGGAUCAUGUCGAAGCAGUAUUUGAGUAUCCUGUUGUGACGAGUACACAAGACUGCCCGAAACCAGAUACCUCAUGGCAACGCCAUCUGUAUUUUCAGCCACUUUCUCCUAAUGAGGCUGCAUGUGUUUCGACAUCAAAUGAAGUUAAUGAUGACGAUGACAGUGCUGAAGUGCUCAUUUUUGAAGGCGUUGAGCGUCUUGAGCAUAAUCUAUGA